AAUAAAACUUUUUUUGUGUGCAAUUUGGUGAAAAUAUUUUUUUUGAUGUCGAAUACAAUAAUAAAUAAUAUUAAAAUGUGUUAAAAAAUAAUAAUAUUAAGCGCUCGGCAAAACCUACAACAUUAUUAGUUGUACUCAUGUAGGAAGCACAAUUUACCAAUAAUUAAUCCCGUCAGAUAUUUGUAGAAAUUGGAAUAUUAUUUAUCUUUUCUACUAAGCGAAAAAAAUAUAGCUAAAAAAAUUAAUAGAAACAAUGAUUAAACUAUUUUAAUAACUUUAAAAUAAUCAUAAUUGUAAUCAAAAAUAAAAAAAAUUUAAUGGACAAACUAAUAAUCACAUUUCAAUUUAGUGAAUCACAAAGUUAUUUUAAGUUUUUGUUUUUUUAUGGGAUUUUUACUCAAUGUGCAUAAUUUUUGAUUUAUUAUCUUAAGAUAGUACAAAAUCUACCACUUUCCCCCUUAACACCUUUGUAUAAAUAAGUGAUAAUAGAGAAAGAAAACGCCACCUUGAAGCACGAUCUACCAAUAAGAUUAUAUAGCUGCCCAAUAAUUACAACAACAACCGAAACAUCAACGGAACCUCAACUUAACCCUCAACACCAAUAUCGGUGACCAUGAGCAACUUUGAACGUAAAAAGACUACGCCCUGUGCGGGCUGCAUGCAGGCUAUUAAAUGGGUACCAGUCAUAUUCAUAGCUUCUGUUAUAGUCUGGUCCUAUUAUGCCUAUGUCGUACAAUUAUGUAUACUUGCCAUUGAAAACACAUUUGAGAAAAUAGUAUUCCUUAUAUUCUAUCACAUCAUCUGUGUAUUAUUCUUUUGGUCCUAUUGGAGUACGGUUUUUACACCAGUAGGCACAGUACCUUCUAAUUGGCGCAUACCAGAGUCAGAAAUAGAGAGACUUUUUAGAGCUGAAAGUCAAGAGCAACAGAAACGGAUCUUGGAAAAUUUUGCCAAAGAUCUACCAGUAACAAAUCGCACACUUAAUGGCUCUGUACGCUUUUGUGAUAAAUGCAAAAUUAUUAAACCCGAUCGGGCUCAUCAUUGUAGUGUUUGCGGUACUUGUGUUCUAAAAAUGGAUCACCAUUGUCCUUGGGUUAAUAAUUGUGUAAAUUUUACCAAUUAUAAAUUUUUUGUCUUGUUCCUCGGUUAUGCACUACUAUACUGCCUCUAUGUGUCCUUAACAUCGUUGGAAUACUUUAUACGCUUUUGGAGGACUGAAAUUGAUCAACAGGGUGAACUGACCUCAGGCAUGGGACGUUUUCAUAUAUUGUUUUUAUUUUUUGUUUCCAUAAUGUUUGCCAUUAGUUUGGUCAGCUUAUUUGGUUAUCACAUCUAUUUGGUAUUAAUGAAUCGUACUACACUGGAAGCUUUUCGUGCUCCUAUAUUUCGUAUUGGUGGUGCGGAUAAAAAUGGUUUUAAUUUAGGCAAAUAUGCCAAUUUUCAAGAAGUUUUUGGUGAUAAUUGGAAGUUAUGGUUUUUACCAGUUUAUACCAGCUUUGGUGAUGGUAUAAGUUAUCCGAUGCGUCAUUGUGAAGAAGAUACAGAAACCUUAUUGGGUAAUCAUGCUGAUACCAGAAUUGAUAUGGAAGAUGAAAUUGAUAUAUUCCCAGAGACGAGAUUUCAUGAUAGUAUAAUACCAUAGUUAAUAUUGACCGAAGAUAAUGUAGCCACCUAUUAUAUAUGAUCAAAAUAAUUAAAGGACUUAAUGUAAUGAUAUUCCUUACUUCAAAAUUACCUUAAUUAACCACAGACAGACAGAGAAAGGGAGAGAGAGAGAGAGAAGGAACUGGAAAGUUGCAAAAGUAUUUACAAUGUAUGUAUGUAUUUUAUUUUAAGUAACCCAGCAGUUCGAAGGGACAGUCCCGAACUGACCACUAAACCUACCACUUGUGUUGGCCUCUAGCCACCUGACUACCAAGGUGACCGACCAUUUUAACAUGGGCUUGUCCUACGAGGAAGUCAAUAGUCACUCUACGCCCUACAAAGAGACAGUAAAGAGACGAUUGCCUCCGCUCUCGCUACAAAGGUGACACUAAAGUGCGAAUGUCUUCAUUCUAGAUUACAAAGAGUUUAUUUGUGACGAAAGACCAAAAACAUACGAAUUUGAGUCAGCCAUCUCUAGGUUACUUGAGGACAGUAAAAAGACGACGGUCUCCGAUCCCGCUUACAAAGUGACGACUGUCUUCAUUCUCGAUUACAAAGGGUACAUUCAUAACGAAUUACCAAAAACAUACGAAUUACGAUCAUCCAGAUGGGUAACUAUUAAUGGAAAUUAUUGUCUUUUUCGUAUGCCUUGACUUUUUGUCGAACUGCUGGGAUAAUGUUGUGUUUGUGUAACAAAAAUGGUUUAGUAUAUUAAUAGAAAUAGACAAAAAGGGAAAACAAUUUUGUUGCAAGGAAUAUAUGUAUAAGUAUUGUUGUAUUUUUCAGAGAUAUAUGUACAUAGGUGGUUACAUUACAAUUUACGACUAUAUAAACAUACAACUAACACAAAGUUUUCUUUUUGUAACUUAACUGCAUACAUAAAUGUAGAAUUUUUGUUAAGUAAUUUGAAAUUAAAGUUAAAUUUUAAUUUCUAUAAUUUUUUUCUUAUAGAAAAAUUUAGCAAAUUACAAAAAAAAUAAUAAUAAUGCUAAAAAAACAUUUGUUAUAG